CAGAAGGGAUUAAAGGAUCACAGAGCGAUCUGUAUGGGAUGGAGAUGGAGAGAAAUGGAGAUGUGGGGACAACAUGAUGGGUUGGUUGUGAGUAAGGCAUGGAGUAAACCACGAGUAAGGUCUGAGUAGUGGUGAAAUGGGAUCCAGAAGGGAUUAUAGGAUCACAGAGCGAUCUGUAAGGGACGGAGAUGUGGGGACAACGUGAUGGCUCAGUUGUGAGUAAAGCAGGGAGUAAACCACGAGUAAAGUCUGAGUAGCCAUGAAAUGGGAUCCAGAAGGAUACAAAAGCUGUUCUCUCACCCCAACCAGCUUCACGGCGUGCCCAUCUCCCUGCCCUACACAGUGAAGCACUCCGCCCUGACCGUGGAACGACGGGGGUGGGAGGUGGAGCUGAGGACCCCCUCGGGGCUUCGAGUCGCCUACGAUGGGCAGCACGGGAGGGUGAGCGUCCAGGUGGAGAGCUCCUAUGGAGGCCAACUCUGCGGGCUCUGCGGGGACUUCGAUGGGGACCCCCGUAACGAUCUGGCACCGGCGAGAGGAUGGAGAGUUGGGAAUGAGGAAGGGUGCGAGGACGGGUCGGAAUGUGGGGAGGAGGAAGGGAAAAAGGGAGAGAAAAGGGAAGAGUGUGGGGUGCUGUUGGAUAAGGAUGGGCCCUUCCGGCUCUGCCACGAGGCGGUGCACCCCGAAACGUACUACAGGGAUUGUAUGGCCGACCGGUGUCACAGCAAUGGGGUCUGUCGUGUCGUCGCUGCUUACGUGGCUGCAUGCCAGGAAGUGGGGAAGGAAGUCCUGGAGUGGAGAUCCGAGGGGUUCUGUGGUGAGUGGGGCAUGGGGGAUAGGGAUGGGAUGGGGUACGGGACCAUAGGGCGCCCCAAGAACCCAAGGGUGGUGGUGGGGUGGGGACACAACCCCAUAGAGCAUCCCAAGAACCCAAGGGUGAUGGUGGGAUGGGGACGUGGCCCCAUAGAUCAUCCUAAGGACCCAAGGGUGGUGGUGGGACGGGGACAGAACCCCAUAGAGCACCCCAAGAACCCAAGGGUGGUGGUGGGAUGGAGAUGUGGCCCCAUAGAGCAUCCCAAGAGUCCAAGGGUGGUGUUGGGAUGGGGACAGAACCCCAUAGAGCAUCCCAAGGACCUAAGGAUGGUGGUGGGGUGGGGAUGUGGCCCCAUAGAGCAUCCCAAGGACCCAAGGGUGGUGGUGGGACAGAGACAGAACCCCAUAGAGCAUCCCAAGAACCCAAGGGUGGUGGUGGGAUGGAGACAGAACCCCAUAGAGCAUCCCAAGAAUCCAAGAGUGGUAGUGGGAUGGAGACACAACACCAUAGAGCAUCCUAAGAGUCCAAGGAUGGUGAUGGGGUGAGGAUGUGUCCCCAUAGAGCACCCCAAGAACCCAAGG